AUGAAUACAAAUGAUAAGCCCAACCUAACAAGGACACAUGGAAACGUCCUCGCGGAUUUAAACGUAAGCAGAAAUCUCUUAAUUUACGCCCCAAAGGGAUUUACCAAAGCCAAACAUUGUUCGCUAAUUAUAACAGCACAUAUGGCCGUGUCGCACGGAGAUUUCUACUUAGCGAGUGACGCUUUUGUUUCGACUGUGCGAAAUAUUGCGCUGGAAAUUUUUAAUUCGCGUGCGGGAUUUGAAAAUUUCGUUCAUCAAGCUGCUCUGAGCGAGAAUUGCCGAAGAUUAUGGGAUCGUGAAACUGCUAGAAUUCCUAAUAUCUACUUCUCUAGUUUUGGAGGAUUAGAGGGGGGGGGGUCAUGA